AUGCCGAACCUCGACGAGCUCCAGAGGAUUAGGCAGAAGCUAAAAGCCACGGAGAUUACGUAAAAUCUAUUAAUAUUUGCGGAAAAUGUAGUGGUAAUUGAAAAUUUAGAACGACGUUGCCUUCCGGAGAGGUCCGAGUCGAGAAACGAACGGAAAAGGGGGUUUAUGAACAGGUUUUCAGGUGAGAUUAUCGAUUUUUAAAAUUGACUGGAAAAUUAAUCGGGAAAAGUGAACACUUUUAUUUUCAGAGAGCAUCUUGAAGAGGAUUCCAAGGAUUCCGAAGAUUCGGUGGUGUUCAAUCGAAGAAGAAAGAAGGUUUGUUUCUUUUGAAACGAUUUCCGACUUAAAUUCACAAAAAUUAUCAGAAAAAACAAAAGUCUCACUCAUUUCAGUAGUCGGCUACCUAGACUGUUUAGAAAAAAGAGCACAACUCAACACCGACACGUUUUAGAGUAAAAUUCUCAAUUACAAACUUGUAGAGCACAAACUUUCCAACAUUUUCUUAGUUGACCAUAACUUGAAAUAAUUAUUGGUUCUCUCAAAGUUGGAGAGAGGGGUACAUUUUGACAUUUUCUAAAUAACCGAUCUGUGACUAAUAUACAGAAAAAAUAGAUAAAAACACUAUACAACUGAGCCCCAUGCUAACUGGAAUUGUUUCCGUUUACACACAUUUAUAUCACGAUAGCUCCAUAGCAACCGCACACACAAAUACUCUUCGAAUUACCUUGUGACCAGAUAAUCCCACACGAGUACUAGUAUUAGUCAUGCAACGAAUAGAUUGUAUUUUUAUAUUCUAAGCAAAUAAUUUAAACUGUCUUACAAAGUGAAAACCAACUUUUACUUUAUCUAUCUUUCGAGGCCUAUAUCUCGUGAACCAACGAUUAUUUCAAAGUGUCGUCAACUAGCUUAUGUUUGGAAAUUUAGAGCUCUACAACUUUGCAACAGACAUGUUUAUCACAAAACUUUUAAUUCUCGAGUUAUGCGCGGCAAGCUCAGCCUGUUUUCUUAAGAUAAUCAAUUCGAAAUAAAACUUUUAUUACUUGCUUUUACCAAGAAUGAUUUUUUGUGCUCAGGUGGAAUACCUGCAACGGCGCGGAUUCAUAGUCGACCUCGAGCCGGACCUCGUCGUCGGCCGCGCCCUUCCACGUGUCUUUUUCGGGAGUCAAGACGUCGCGGCCGACCUGCCGAUCCUCGAGCACCACAAAAUCACGCAUGUUGUGAACGUCGGCACCGGAAUUCCGAACCACUACCCGGCAAAGUUCGAAUACCUGAAAAUCGAUAUUCUCGACUUGCCCGAAACGCGAAUUGUCCCGUAUUUCGACCAGGUUUUCGAAUUUAUCGAUAAAGUACGGAACGCGGAAGGAAAUGUGAGUUUUACGAGAGGUUGUCGCAAAAAGUGAAGCUUUAGGCCACUAAAUUAGAAAAUUUGCUGAUUUCUCUCGAGUAGAAACAUGAAAAAUGCGCAAUGUUCAGAAAAAAAUUUGUCUUUACUGAAAAUUAAAGAAUAUCUUGAAUUCUGCCGGGUCUUUGGCCUAAAAUAUCGAUUUUUAGGUGUUUGUUCAUUGCAACGCCGGAAUUUCGCGUUCCGCCACUUUUGUGGUCGCGUAUCUCAUGAAAACGGAACGAUUGAAACUCAGAGACGCGAUGGAAGUGUGCCGGAAAACUAGAUGUAACUUUUUCACAAAUAAAUAUGAAUUUCUUUAAAACUUUAUUUCAGGCAUUCGUCCAAACACUGGUUUCGCUCAACAACUCGGCGAAUACGAACUUACGCUGGGCCUCUGA